AUGCACCACCGGGCGGCGAUUAAGCAGCUCGGGCUCUCACGGAGCGCUGCCGGACGGGCGUUAUGGCCUUCGUUGGCGUCGUCCAGGUGGCAUCUCCGCACAGCUACAGCCUGCGAUCCCCUCAAGGCCAAGAGCCAGCUGCUGAGCUGCGCACCGCGACUCUCAGUAUGUCGGAGCUUUAGCAGCACAGCACUCCGACGGAAUCAAUUCGAUGAUGAAACCGGAACCUACAGUGAGGCAGACCAUGAACAUGCCGUCAUCUCAACCUUUGAUCUCUUUUCCAUUGGCAUUGGCCCCUCUUCAUCCCACACCGUCGGACCUAUGCGGGCAGGCAACAUCUUUGUCUCAGAUUUACAUGCAGCUGGUCUGCUUGAAAAGGUCGACAGAAUACGCGUAGCACUCUACGGCAGUCUGGCUCUCACUGGUGAGGGCCAUAUGACACCAUCUGCUCUUCUGCUUGGUCUUGAGAGCGCCGAUGUGGAGACAGUCGAUACAGACUAUGUGCCUAAGCGCUUUGAACAGAUCAAGACAGACAAGAAGCUCUUUCUGGGUCGCGAGCUCGAAGAUGGCAAGGGCAAAGAAAUUGCAUUCGACUAUGAGCGCGACUUCAAGUGGGAGUGGACGAGAAAGCUCCCCCAGCACAGCAAUGGCAUGCGUCUCAUGGUGUUUGACAAGGAGGGCUACAUGUUGGCGACUAAUGACAUGUUCAGCGUUGGUGGUGGAUUUGUUGUCAACGGCGCUUUGUCAAUUAACCGUCCGGAUUCAGAAACACCAUCAUCAGCCGAAGACGCUGGCCUAAGGUUGUCCGAGGUCCAUCAGCAACAGAGUGAAGGCAACAGUGGACACCCGCUUGACCUGGCAGAGAACAUGUACUAUAAGGAGAUCAGGAGAGAGGAUGCGGCAGGAGACCGACGAACUGGACAAGAGAUCAAACCCCUGGAAGGAGAGUCGUCGGGUCUACUCACAUCUGGCUCCGAGGGUGGCCAAGCACCACCCCCUGUCACCUCUUCGUCGGAAGACGCCCCGGCAUCAGAUCGUGCGCCCGGUCAUCAGCCUCGAUACCCUUUCAGAGACGCAAAAAGCCUACUGGCCUUGUGCGAUAAGCAUAACCUAACGAUUGCGCAAUUGGUGUAUGAAAACGAAAAGAGCCACGGUUACACAGAUGAACAAAUCCGCGACAAGGUUUUCCGCAUCUGGGAGGUCAUGGACAACAGUAUCCUGGAAGGUGUCCAAGCACCGCCGGAUUCAACACUGCCUGGCAGUCUCAAAUUGCAUAGACGAGCACCGGCGUUGUAUAGACGACUCACAAGAGGGCUGUAUCCUUCCCACGCCACCCAGGGCACAGAGACGACCCAGGCUCAGCUUCCAUCGGAAAGCCAAGCAUUGCCAUCAGCUUCAGAUGCAUCAGGGACUUCAACCUUGACUACGACAUCGGCACCAGCAUCUUCAGGAUCAGGACGAAAGAGCCUCGCUACCAGAAGAAGCAUGCCUCUACGAACGCAUGGCUCCUUUACUCAUCCGGUACUGCCAUCGCCUCGGCGACGUACCACAUUCCCAGCAAUGGACUACUUGACCGUAUACGCCAUGGCAGUCAACGAGACCAAUGCAGCAGGCGGACGCAUUGUCACUGCCCCAACCAACGGCGCGGCGGGCAUUAUACCUGCGGUGCUCAAGUACACCAUCGAGUUCGUCAGUGAUGACCCUGAGCGCGACAUUCUAUCCUUUUUGCUGACAGCUGCCGCCAUUGGUAUGCUGUAUAAACGCGGUGCCACCAUCUCCGCAGCAGAGGGCGGAUGCAUGGCCGAAGUGGGCGUUGCGUGUUCCAUGGCAGCCGGGGCAUUCGCAGCCUGCAUGGGAGCGAGCCCUCAAACAAUUGAGCAGGCAGCUGAGAUUGGCAUUGAGCAUAACCUGGGCUUGACAUGCGAUCCAAUUGGUGGGUUGGUACAAGCUCCUUGCAUAGAGCGUAAUGCUCUGGGUGCUAUCAAAGCUAUUUCAAGCGCCAACCUCGCUCUCAGCGGUGAAACUGGCACGCAAAAGGUUAGCCUUGACGAUGCUAUUCGGGCUAUGCGCGUGACGGCUCAGGGUAUGAGAAACGAGUUCAAGGAGACGAGCUUGAGUGGUUUGGCGACUAGUGUUCCGCUUCACAUUCCCGUUAGUGUGCCUGACUGUUGA